ACGAAAAGCUAAGUUUGUGACCAAAUGCGACAAAAUGCAUUAGGUUUGGGGCUGAAAAGUUUUUCAUUACUUUGAUGUAUUUUCAGUGCGGCUCUAAGCCUGGUUAAUGACUUUGCUGCAGUUGUCAAAAAAUAAUAAACCAUCGCCAAGAAUGAAAUAAUUAAGAUUGUUUACGCAAUCAAAGAUGGCGGACGAAGACAAACAUCACAAGACUAUGUCUUGGAAAUCUAGUCUAUUUGGACACAAAGACGUAGAUAUUUUUAGAGAUACACCUAUUCGUUACUUAGGGUAUGCUAAUGAGGUCGGAGAGGCAUUCAAAACACAUAUUCCCAAGUCCCUGUACUAUGGUAGUUAUGUGGUUGCCUCAUCGUACUGCCUAGCAGAUGCCAUCAGUAAAGGACGCAAAAUAUAUGAGGAGGGGAGUGCAUUGCCUAUGGCUGUUAGAAGACGACGUACAAUAGAAACAGCAGUAGAGGCUGGAGUAUGGCAGGGUCUGGCAUCAGUAAUCAUACCAGGGUUUACAAUCAACAGAAUUUGUGUGUCUUCAAGGUUCAUCUUAAAACAAGUAGCACGAUCUAUGCCCUUGCAUACCCAAACAUGGUUGACUACUCUUGUGGGCUUAUCUAUGAUUCCUGUCAUCAUCAAACCCAUUGACAGGGGCGUUGACUACCUAAUGGAAGGUGCAUUGAACAUGUUAAGAGAAUUGGGUGUUGUAUCUGAAAAUGUUGACAUUGAGUAAUCAAUUGAUCAUAUUGACUACACGGCCAAUCAGUCUUGAAAUUCAGGCACAUUUGUGGUCUAAAUUAUUAUAGUGACAGAAAUCAGGUUGAUAAGACAACUGGAGUUUCUAACUACGUUGAUAUAUCAUAUCAAUAAUAUAUUAUAAAAUUAAUAUGCUAUAAUAUAUUUUUCAGAGUCAAAAGAUGUGUUUUUUAUAUCGGGUAGAUUUUAUGAAUCUGAUUCAGAGGCAGAAAUUAUUAUUAUUAUCAUAGUACAUGUAAGUACUAGAGUACAAACACUAUAAAUUCGUAACGCAAAUACCAGUAAAAUACUGCUAAAUAAUGCUAAUGCUAUUGUUUUAACACUA